AUGUAUGACGACUGUCCAGUUCCAGGCGAUGUGUCAAUGGUCGGAUCUGAAACUUGGUUGGCGUCCGAGAAAUAUUUAAUGCUAUUGAAAGAUUCGGUACCUGACGAAGAUCCACGAAUUGCACCCGUGAUGACGUUAUCGCUUCCAACGCAAACUGCUUGCUCAGGAAAUCCUCCACUGCCAGCUCUAGCCACGGAGGUGUUAUGGUAUGGGCAUGAGAAGCGGUUCAAAGAGUUCCUGAACGUUCCAUAUUCUCCAUACAUUAUAAGACUUCAAGAAUUCUCCGCACGUAUCAGCAACAACAACCACAACAAUGACAAGACGAUAUUCAUUCCUGGGUCCCCUGCAACCUUAUUGGUGAAGGAUGACUUGCAGGAUGCAAAGCAUAAAUUGAUUGAGCAGCUGAUUCGCGUUCAAAUAAAGAGCUUUGAGAAUGUUCGUGGAACAUUCGAUAAGCUCACAAAUUCAUAUCAAUGCGAAGGAUUGGAAUGGUUCGAUGAAUCAUAUGACAAUUCUAUCAUCGAUUUCUGCGGUGCUCGAAAGGACCAGAUUGAAUUGGACAAGCUCAGAUACGGAGCGUGGCAAGCUGGAGCUCGUUGGAGGCACGCAUAA